UAAUUGUUCAGAGAGAGAGCUACUUGUUUAGUGAUUGAGAAUUUGAAGAAAGAUGGGUUCGUCUAAUGGUGGUGUUCCGCCGGGAUUUAGGUUUCAUCCAACGGACGAAGAGCUGCUUCAUUACUACUUGAAGAAGAAGGUGUCCUUUCAGAAGUUUGACAUGGAUGUUAUUAGAGAGGUCGACUUGAACAAGAUGGAGCCUUGGGAUUUGCAAGAAAGAUGUAGAAUUGGAUCAACUCCACAAAAUGAGUGGUAUUUCUUCAGUCACAAGGAUAGAAAGUACCCUACAGGUUCAAGGACUAAUAGAGCAACAAAUGCAGGGUUUUGGAAAGCAACGGGAAGAGAUAAAUGCAUUAGGAAUAGCUAUAAGAAGAUUGGAAUGAGAAAAACCCUUGUCUUUUACAAAGGCAGAGCUCCUCAUGGACAAAAGACUGAUUGGAUCAUGCAUGAGUAUCGCCUAGAAGAAGGCAAUGAUCCUCAGGGAAAUGCCAAUGAAGAUGGCUGGGUGGUGUGCAGAGUGUUCAAGAAGAAGAAUCUAUUCAAGAUUGGAAAUGAAGGUGGGGGCUCAACACAUAAUCCAGAUCAACAAAUGAACAAUUCCUCAAGCACCAAUGCACGGUCCUUCAUGCAUAGAGAAAACCAUUACCUACUACAUCAACAGCAAAACCCUAGGAACUCGUCAGGGCUUGAGCUUGAUAAGCCUGAACUUGCUCUCCACUACCCACACUUGCAUCAUCAAAACCCUCAAUACUCACUCUUCCAAUCCCAACCUCUUCUUCAGGCUCAAAAACCUAUGGUUUAUGAUUAUUCAUACGCAUCAUCUCUACCUUCGGACACCCCCAUCAUGGCAAAGCAACUCAUGACAAACCCUAGAGACUGUGAGAGCGGUAGCGAGGGCCUAAGGUAUCAAGUUUCGGAGUCUGGAAUGGAAGUUGGGUCGUGUGAACCGAAUCAAGAAAUAGGUGGCGGAAGAGGAGAAGGAAUAAACGAAUGGGGUGUUCUUGAUAGGUUGGUGACCUCUCAACUUGGAAAUGAAGAGUCAAACAAAGGGGUGAGGUUUGAGGAGGCAAAUCCACACCAGAUCAACCAACUUUCAUUACGGGGAGGGAUGGAUUUCUGGGCCUAUGGGAAACAAUGAUUUCCCUUUCUUAUAGUGAAAUUAAACAAUCUAAUUGCAAGGUUGGAGAUAAUUGGAUGGCUCUAACCAUUUCAAAAUGGAUAAAGAGGACAUAUAUUUUUAUACUGAUUUAAGAUAUAUUGUUUGUUAUGUUUCACUUGAUUAGAAGACUUCAUUAAUUGUAAUCUUCCAAUCCAUUGUUU